AAGCUUAAUUUUUCCUCCUCUGUUCAAUAUUAAGACCAUUUUGAAUCCCAUCGAUCAUCGUCAUGGCAUCUGACCAGGUUAAGCUGUUGGGAACAUGGUGGAGCCCUUUUGUGCUUCGUAUCAAACUCCCUCUUAAACUUAAAUCCGUAGAUUAUGAAUUUGUUGAGGUGCAAUUACAGCCGCCUAGGAGUGAGCUUCUUCUUCAACUAAACCCGAUUUACAAGAAAAUACCCGUCCUCGUCCACAACGACAAGCCGAUAUGUGAAUCGCUCGCCAUCGUUCAGUAUAUAGAUGAUGUCUGGAAUACUUCUGAUACCUCCUUCUUCCCAAGUGAUCCGUAUGAUCGGGCCAUGAACCGUUUUUGGGCGGUUUAUAUUGAUGAUAAGAUAUUUCCCAUGGUACGGGCAUUCGUAGCUGCGGCGGACGAGGGAGUAGGAAAAGAAGAAAUAGAUAAUCUUAUUGAAGUGGUGUUUCCAUUGGAGGAUGUCUUCAAAAAUUGCAGAAAAGGCGGGAAAUUCUUUGGCAGAGACAAGAUUGGAUUCCUAGACAUUGUUCUUGGAAGUUUCGUAGGUUGGUUUAAAGCCAUUGAGGUGUUUAACAAUGUUAAAUUGUUUGAUGAUAUCAAAUUUCCCAAUUUGUCUCAUUGGAUUGACGAUUUUGCCGUUGAUGAAGCCCUUAGAGAUGUGUUACCUUCAACUGAUCAGUUGGUCGAGUUUGCAAAGGUGUUCUUUAAGAACAUAGCCCAAG